AUGACAAGAGUAAGUGCUGCUCAGUGUGACUGGGGUGGUAGUAUAUGGUUCUCUCAAGCCACGCCGAAGUUUGCGUUUAUGGCCUGGCUGGCCAUCAGAGGCAGAUUAGCUACAAUGGACCGGGUUGCUGUAUGGAGUCAAGGGGUAGACACCACUUGUGUUCUAUGCAAAAGGGCUUCAGAGACUCGAAAUCAUCUCUUCUUUGAGUGCUCGUUUUCCACGCAGAUUUGGGAACCACUCAUGAAAGGGAUUUUGCGCAACUCCUACUCAGGCAAGUGGGAGGAGCUGGUCAGUCUACUAGCCACAUCGCCCAUGGAAAAGAAGAAACAGUUUUGGUUCAGGUACACGCUCCAAGCUACUGCCUACAUGCUGUGGAGAGAGAGAAACAGAAGACGGCAUGGUGAACAGCCUAUGCUGGCUACUGUCUUGACAAAACACAUCGAAAAAGCUAUCAGAAACAAACUCAGCUUGGUACAGUCGAAGGGAAUUGGAGGUCUUGAAGUGAGUUUGCAAUACUGGCUUGGUACUAAGAUGUAA